ACUUUUGGUGCACUCACGCUUUCAUGUGUUCAGACUUGUAAAAUAACUUUGUCAUAACUCUUUGACUGCACAGGAAAAGUUUCCUGCGUAAACUAUGUGCGCUGAUUGCCCAACUCCUUACGCGGAAAAGGACCCAAUCGGGAUGAAGUCGCAAACAGAGCUCCAUACGGGCCAUCGUGGUGAAGGUGUUUGUAAGAAAGGAUGCGGGCUCCUGCUGUCCUGUGAGGAUGUUAACAGAGGGGACCACUGUUGUGUGGACGCGCUGCGCACUGUCACCGAUGCGCUGGAAGCAAGAAGCGCAACUUUGGAGCAUGAAACCCGGAUGGCGAGGCUCAGGUGGAACAGGAGGGAGCAGUCCCUGUUAGCCCAGGUGUCAACUCUGCAAAACGAGGCCCAGCUAUCGGCUCUCAAGUACCAACGGAGACUGCACCAAUACAUGCUGCACAUCAGCAGCAUUGCAGAGCAGGUCACUGGGUACUACAAGAGAGAUGUGAGAACAGCUGCUGACACGCAGAGCCAGAUAUCAGAUAUAACAGCAGAGGGAACGCCACAGGAGCAGCUCAACGCACCUGAGGUCUGUUGUUUUAGGCAGGAGGUGUGAAAAAGAAAACUGUUCGGCAAAAG